CUAAGGAAAAGAAAUUAAAGAUAGCCAAAAGGAAUACGAGGGGAGGAAAGUGGUCCAAGCCUUAAGAAACGUCUGCCUGGCUCUUUAAGGCUGCAUUCUAGGGAGAGAGGGAAAAAAGCCCUUGUUUUCUUGUUGCUAUGUACAUCUCCUUCCUCCUGGCGACCGGACCGGCUCUUGAAGGGCGCCCCCCCUCCCACUGCAGGCGUCUGCGGGGUUUCUUCCCCUUCCUCCAGCAAAAGGCACGAUGGCACCGAAGAAGAAAGCAGGGCGCAAGAAGGACGAGGCCCCGAAGGAGCCUGAGAUAGACGAAGCCGUGGUUCCUGAGCACAGCCGGGAGUUUUACUUGAUUCAGAUCCGGGACCUGGAAGGGCGGCUGGCCCGAUACCAAAAGAAAUGGGAUGAACUGCAAGUGAACGAGGAUCUCUUCCGGGCCGAGUACGAAAAGAUGGUGAGCGACAGCAAGGAGAUUGUGGCCUUCCUGAAGAAGACGCUCAACCAGCGGGUGGACGAGAUCUCCGACCUGACCACCCAGCACCAGAACCUCCAGCAGGCCAAAGACGCGGAGAAAGACGCCUUCGAGGCCCAGUUAGCUCAGCUCCGCCAUGAGUUCCAAGAGACCAAGGACCAGCUGACAUCGGAGAACAUGACGCUGAGUGCCAAGCUGGCAGCUCUGGAGGAAUUCAGAAUCCAGAGAGAGGAGAUCAUGGCCCGGUUUGCGGACCUGGAGGUACAACUGAAGAAGCAGGAGGAAGAGCACAGGGACACCAUGUACAACUUGGAGAAGAAGGCGGUGAUUGAUAAAGAGAGGUUGAAGAAGGAUAUGCUCCAUCGCGUGAAUGCGGUGGCGGUGGAGUUCCGGAAGGUGGCCCACAGCCAGAUGGCGGAGACCACCAAGCGCACCAUCCGGGAGAACGUGGCCCUCAGCCUUCAGCUCACCAAAAUCACCGAGCAGAGCCUGCAGCUGAUUCAGGAGAACGACCGUCUCAAGGAAGCCCGGGCCAAGACGCUGAAGCAGCUGGAGCUGUUGGAGGAGAACGAGAAGAAGAUGGCCACCAAGAACUUGAGUAACCAGAAGAUCAUCUGGAUGCUCACCAACAAGUGCAAGGAGCUGCAGGCGCAGGUGGACGAAUACCUGCAGAUGAAGGUGGCCAUGGCUGAAACGCAACAGAGCAGCGAAGCACUAGAGCAGCAGAAUCUGGUGCUCAGGGAGGAGCUGAAAAUGCUGAAGGAGGAGGUAACACGAAAAACAGCUGAGCGUCAAGACCAAGUGCAGUCCUUCCAAGAUGAACAGCAGCGGAGAACUUGUGCAGAGCAAGUGCUCCGACACACUGUCCAGGCCCUGAAGGAAAUCUUGGCGAUACGGCCAGAUGAAGACGAGGAGGGCCACUUUGGUGUGGUGUUCCACUUGCAACGCAACGAUGCGCUGAAGGGCCUCUUGAAUCUCCUGAACCGUACCAUUGCCCGCAUCGAGUCCAACGAGGCUCUCCGGCCUUGUGCGGUGGAGAGCAAGGCGAUCAGACUGAUUGGUGUGGAGGAAAGCAAGGCCAGCGGCUGGCACCUCAAGGCUUCCCGCCUCAUGUCGCACUACGUCUUGGGCGUCCCCAAACCUCAGCCGGCUCACAGCAUGCCCUCCGUGAGCAUGUUCUCUCAGAUCCGCGCCGAGACGGUCCGCCCUUACGCGAGCGCCACCGAGCCUUUGCUGACAAUAUGGAGAGCAGAAGAGGAAGAGGCCAAACCCCCUGAGGAAGCUGCCACCGAGGACUGCGGGCUGGCGGAGACGGUGGCUGAGCGAGCAGCGCAGGAACUGCUGCAGGAAUAAGGCAGAGAAGAACAGGCCUCGUUUAUUUUCAUGCCGGCUACUUUCUGGCCACAAGAAUGUGGCCUGUGGCAAGGAAGGGUGGGGACUUCUAUUAUUAUGAUGAUUAUUAAAAAAAAUGAAACCACUUGGGUGAAAUGGCCUGCUAAAACA